AGCAGAGCACCUUACCAUUUUCCAGGAUUAAAAGCAGAUAGAAGUCAUGGCUGAAAAACCAUCUCAAGGUCAAGGAUCACCUGGUAGUAUCCCUCGUGGGCUUAUCAAUAGACGAGGGAGUGUUAUUAAACCCAGUGAAAGAUUGCCUUCGCUACGCACUCGUGACCUAACUCUAGGAGGCAUACCAAAGAAAUCUUUUAAGCCCAAUAUACCAGUAAGAAGAGAAAAAAACAAAGAUGAAAGCAGAGAAGCAGCAUCAUCACCAUCUACAUCCAGAAGAUCAGGAGAUGGGGAUAGGAGUGGAAGAGGCAGAGGAAGAGGGAGGGGUAGGGGAAGAGGCAAACCUGAGUUAAUCCAGUCACAUUCAUCCAUCUUUGAGGGGGGUCCAACUCAAAGACUUAAUGCAAGACCUUCUUCCAGUGUGUUUGAACAGCCAAGUUUUCGUGGAGGAGGAGGUGGAGGAGAUGGAAAGUUCUCUUCUCGAGGUGGCAAGGCUGGAAACAAGAAGUCUGGUGCAGGAGAUUUCAUCGGGGAUAGUGACCGUCUUAGAGAACUUGUCAGAGAUGAUUUCAUCAGUGACCUUGGAGAUUCUACCAUAGAUGAUAGGUAUCAACCAGUUUCAUUACCGAUGGCAAAACCAGUCAAACCACUCAAAGCACAAUCUGUUAAAGAUGAAAAGAAACCCAUUAUUAAAGAAGAAGACAUGGAUGUGAAGAUGGAAACUGAUGAUGUCCAAGAUACAGAUGUUAAAGUCAAAAAGGAAUCCAUGGAUGAUGAGAACAUGGAUAUCUCUGAGGAGAAUAAACCAAUCUUAGCAUCCUCCAGUCUACCACCACCAUCCUCCAUCUCGGAUACAUUCCGAAAUGACCUGGCUUCCGGAAGAGUCACGUGUGCAACCGUCUUCAGUAGGAGGGGUCAGUCCAGUGGAGAUCCAUUGUUCUUCCAGUUACCAGAUACUCUUCCUGGUUUACCUAUAGUAGAGGAUGAAGAGGAAGACAAGAAGCCAACUGUAUCAACAAGUGGAGCUGUUGAGAAGCCAGGCAGUAGCUCAAAAAAGAGACCCUGCACACUGAAAGAUCUGCCUGAAGGAUUCUUGGGUAAACUUCAAAUCUUAAAGUCUGGAAAGACAAGACUUGUCCUCACAAAUGGGGUCACUCUUGAUGUUUCAUUAGGAACACCUUCUGGUUUCCUUCAGGACUUGGUUUCCAUUCACGUUCGAGAAGGAGGAGAAGAGAUGAGUGAAAUGCUGACUCUAGGGCAUAUCAAACAUCGUGUUAUAUGUACUCCAGACUUUGAGAGUUUACUAUCUAUGCCUACCUGAUGGAAGAGACUUGAUUUUUUUUAUGAUGGACUGAAAGAAUUUGAACUUUAUAUUCUUCUGAAGUCAAGCUAUGAAGAAAGACAUACUGAAGGAAACCAGGAGAGCACUGAUUAUCAACAUUGUAAUGUUUCAAUGCUGCGGAUGAGUUGUGGGCAAUCUCCUGCAACAAGGUUUUGAACAAGUUCAAAACUUUUCUGCGCUUAAAUCCGAUUUGCAUGUACUCCUGAAUGCGACAUACACCUGCAAGUCACACACAAGGCUAGCACAAAAAAUAAGACAGAUAAUAAUAGAUAAUAUUAUAUCCUACAUAGAGUAAAUCCUGUAUAGUGAUUGGUUCAAGUAGCAUCAUGUGACCGAAUAUAUUUCAACUAUGAUGUUGCGUGACGUCAGACCUCGAUAUAUUUUUGGAUAUACCAAUAUUCUGACGACAUUAUUUCACAAAACUGGAUAUCUCGGCGCGCCGGCUAGCGCGCUCUCUCUCCCGGGCGCGCAAGUCCAGCGCGAUGCGUCGGCGCAGCUAUAGCACUAAUCUGCGUUCCGCUGAGCGCGGUGGCUCGGAGAAAAGUAGGUAAUUCAACGCAAGUAACAGGACUUUGCAUGCUCAGCGCAUAGAUUUUGGUUAUAAAUUAUUUAAAGUAGGAUAUAAAACAAAUAUAUCAGGCGUUUCAUUCGAAAGCAUAGUGGGAAUUAAUAAUCCUCGGUUGGACUGGCAAAACUACUAUAUUUCCCUCGGGGCUUCGCCCCUCGGGGAAAAAUAGUAAUUGCCAGACCAACCUCGGAUAAAUAAUUCCACUAUACUUUCUCAAAGCCUGAUAUAUUUGUUUAAUAUAAUACAAUAUACAUAAUAUAAAUAAUAAGGAUGAUGUCCUUUAAAGGUCAACAUUAGAAUAUGGAAAAUCUACCCUUUUGUUACGGCUCUUAAAGAUAAAUACCAGUUGUGGUAAUGAUCUAAAAAUGAGUUCAAACAUAAUCCAAUGAAAUUACCAUCAUAGUGUUUGUAUGUAUUAAUAAAAAUAUGUGCCAAAUAGCUCUGAAGAAAAUGCGUAAUUGCUGUGAAAUGAGCAAAAUAAGCAUGGAAAUUUAUCAAAUGUUGGAUAUUUUUUAAAGCAAGAUGAAUACUCUGUCCCACAUAUCCUUUUCUGUGUUAGUAAUCAUCAGAAUUGUCAAUUUUGAGCUAAGAUUUCAUGAUUUUAUAAAAAUAAGUUUACAUUGAUGUCCAGAUCUAGAUGUUUGAUAAUAUUUUGACAAUUAACCUCAAUUGAAAUUGAAGACUUUCUCAUGAAAUAAUUGUUUGCUGCAACUACUGUCUUUUACCUUAAAAACCACCACAACAACUUGAAAAUGGGAUACCCAACAUGGCAAUAUUCAAAAUUGAAAAGGGCUAAAAAAAAGAAGUAACAAUUCAGUUUGAAUAUUUUACAAUUUGGUCACACAAAUAUUAUCUUUUGUUCCGAAAGUGCCUAUCUUCUGUUUGAGCUGCUGUAAGCAAGAAAUAACACAAGAAAAAGGUUUGAUCAUCUAUUGCAAAAACAGAUAUGUAUUACAUUGUAUGAUAAAGAUUGAAAUACAAGUACAUUUGUAGCUUGCUCAAGUAAGCAGACAAUAUUGCUAUCAGAGGUUAGCCCAAUAAUUGCAUGUUGAUAAAGGGUUUCUCCAAAGAAUAUACAUGUAUCUUCCUGAAUCAUGAAUAUUUGAAAACUGGAUAAAUUUUGUGAAUUCAUAUAAUCAGGAAGGUUUUUCAUCAAUAUACAGGGACAAAUUAUUACUCUGCCAAUUUCAAUGGGAAACCAUUUGCAACUUUUUUGGAAAACUCUUGGAAGCUCACAGAAAUCUAAGAGUAUGAUCUUCUUACCAAUUCAAUGGCUUUGCAAUCUUAUGAUAAUGGUAAGCUUCCUAGAACAGUGAAAGCUAUUUGAAUUCAAGCAACAACUAGAUAAAUGUCCACUGUUAGCAGCAUGUGUCUGAACCAGAUGUACAGUAAAUGGGAAGAGAAACAGCCCUGUUGUAUGUGCAUGUCCUAUGACGGAGUUGUAGGAUUCCCACUAUGUGUGUAUUAUUAAUAUAUACCAUAUGUGGGAUUGAAAGUAAGAAGAAACUUCAAGUUGUAGAUUAUACAAAAUUAAACAAUUCUGACUUUGUGGUGUCUCAUAUGAGCAGAUGCCCCAUAUGGCAUGUUAUAUAAAUUCAAUAAAUUUCUGUUUUUUAUGUUCAUGAUGACAAAACACAUUUUCUCGCAGUAGUGAACAUCUAUAAAUAUAUCUAAAAGUACCUUAUAUCAUACAUAGAAUGUGCGAUUAAGAACACCAGCUUUUCCGACUGCAGUGGCGUCAACAUCAAAUCUUAACCGAAGGUCAAGUUUUUUAAACGACAUCAUAACUUAGAAAGUAUACGGACCUAGUUCAUGAAACUUGGACAUAAGGUUGAUCAAGUAUUACUGAACAUCCUGCCUGAGUUUCAGGUCACAUGACCAAGGUCAGAGGUCAUUUGGGGUCAACGAACUGUGGUCAAGUUGAAGGUAUUUUUUUGAAAGUUUAUGGAUCUUGUUCAUAAAACCUGGACAUAAGAGUAAUCAAGUAUCACUAAGCAUCCCAUGCAAGUUUCUGGUCACAUGUUUAAAGUCAAAGGUCAUUCAAGGUCAAUGAACUUUGGCUAUGUUGUGGGUAAUUGUUGAAUUGGCAUCAUAACUUCGAAAGUUUAUGGAUAUAUGAGUUGUGGACAUACGGGUAAUCAAGUAUCACUGACUAGUCUUGUGUCACAUGAUCAAGGUCGAAUGUCAUUUAGGGUCAAUGAACAUUAUAUGAAUGGUGUUUUGUGUGAAUAAUUAUUCUGUAGUAGUUUUCAAAGUGUGCACUGCUGCUAUAUUGAAUCAUGUAAUGCAGGCAUGAUUGCCAGAGGCGCUCCACUUGUUCAUUGAUAACGGCAUUUUCUGGAAUUUCUAUCAUUCGAUAUACAGGGACUUGCUUAUGCUGCUCGUAUGUGAUGUCAGGAAUCUGAAACUCUAUCACUUUUCACCAGACCUUUGAUUAAUAUGUUUAAUUUUCUGCUUUUAUGAAAUCUAACUUUAUAUAAAUGUUAAUACCUUGUUUACUAUGAUUAAUUGAAACUGACAGAAACUGAAAAUGUUGAAAAUUUAUACCAUCUGUCUUGUACUAGGGAUUUUGUUAAUUUGACAGGUUGAUUUAUGAGUAUGGUAAGAUCUCAUGGUAAAAUAAUGGUACCAGUUGUGUAUACUAGAGAAUAUAAGCUUCAAAUUAAAAAUUGGCUCAUGAAAUGUUGCAUGGUGAACAAUGUACAUGUACAUGUAUCUGAGCUUGAAUAAAA